GGCAGCCAAGCAAUUGACUCGUUUCCCGAUUGCCAUAUUUAUGACCCUAACCCUGAAACCGUUCUCAUGAUUCUUUGUGGUCACAACUCCAUCUUGAACCUAUGAAGUUGGGUCUUUCCAUGACCCCGAGAUAAAUAUAAUUGAGGAUGCCUGUCCAGUCGCUGCAAAACACAGAUGUGAUCGUUCCUCAACAUGCACCUCAUCCACUCCUUCCGUUUCUUCAAUCCCAAUCACAAACUACGUUAACCCGUCUCUAUCAACGGCCAUCAUCAUGUCUUUCGAUAUUUCGAUUGCUCGGACCAAUUGAGCGGCAGCUCAUAAUGAAUCUACUCUGGCUGGAAAGUGCCCUCUCCGCAGCGACGAUGUCAGCUUGGGUCCUUCCUGAGGGAAAGAACGCAUAUGAUUCCGCCCUUACUGUCAUGACAGGACUCCACAUUGCCCAAAAUUCGGCUGUUAAAUUAGCGCUAAACCCUACAUUCAAAUCUAGCUUGAGGCAAGCUAUCACAGGAGGAGGUAAUACGGGAAGUUUUGGAGUCCCUACCGACAAGGACGGCAAGCGACAGUCAGCGAACAUUGAAAACUUAGACGCAUACGCGCUCGAACGAUGGGAGACCAUCCUUCACUACAUGGUGUCGUCUGGUCAAGGCCAAAAUCCCACCAAGCCUUCCCAAGGAGUUCUGUACUUGCUCCAACGGAGUGGUUUGAUGAACAAUGCUCACGGUGCAGCUCUACAAAUCACUUCCUCGGGUUUCCAGUUCCUCCUCCACUCACCUCAUGAUCAACUUUGGAAUCUACUAUUACAGUACUUGCACAUGGCAGAGGAGAGGCAAAUGGACCUCGUAGAAGUGCUUAGCUUUCUAUUCAUGUUGUCGACCAUGGAUCUUGGUCGGGAAUAUUCGACAGAACCCUUGAGCGAAACACAGAAGGCAAUGCUUGAAGACCUUCGGGACUAUGGUCUUGUAUGGCAACGUAAGACUUCAUCAAAACGUUUCAGUCCCACACGAUUAGCAACAACGUUGACUUCGUCUUCGCAUUCUACCGGCGGGUCUCGUACGGCGGACGGUACAGGGGCGGUUACUCUAAGUUCAGGGGCCGCGCAACAAGGCUUCAUUGUUCUGGAAACUAACUAUCGGAUAUAUGCGUAUACAGACAACCCCUUGCAAACGGCUGUCCUUAAUUUGUUCAUCACGAUGAAAUAUCGUUUUCCGAACUUGGUUGUGGGAAUGCUCACCCGUGAAAGUGUACGCAAGGCACUGGGCAAUGGAAUCUCGGCUGACCAGAUCAUUAGCUACUUAACGACACAUGCACAUCCACAGAUGCGCAAGAACGUCAGUAUAUAUUCAAUCAUCCUCACAAGCCAAUUUCGUUAUCUUUACAAAGACUUCGCGUCGCAAGCCGAUUAUGAAUACGUGCUAGCGUAUGCGAAGCAGCUGGAUGUUGUGCUUUGGGAGAACGCGGCCAAGCGGUGCUUCUUUGGUACUCUUGAGGGACAUGCUAACGUUAGAGGAUUCAUCGAGAGACGGACAGGAUCAGUUUAGAGUCAUUGCUUGUGGCGCUUAUUACGUUUGGUUGUGUAAGAUACCACGACAAAUGUAUUACGUCCGAUAUGUACAUGUAUUAAGAUCUAUUAAAGUAUUUAUGACUCGGG